UUCAAAAAAAAGCAAAAGAGAAAUAUGUCUGUAAGUUGUAACUCCCCUCUACACUCUACAGUCCCUCCUUUCCCCUCUGCCAGCCCACAACUGUCACUUGCUUUGGCAUCAAAUUAACAUCUCUGGUCUUUUCUUUAAUUUUCGUUCAUUUCCCACAAUGCUUCUCUAAUUAGAAUCCAUCAAAGACCAAACACACCCUUUUUAGGGUUCUUCUCAAUAUCUGAAUUUCAAGUGCACUCUUUGGACACCUUUGUUAAAGAACCACCUAUGCGGUGAUCUGGUGUGUGGUUUUAUUUCACAAAUUUGGAAGCAAUGGGAAGCAGUAAAUUCCCGAAGCGUUACUUAAUUGUAAUUUUGACCUUCAUCUGCACGUCAGUCUGUUACGUAGAACGGGUGGGCUUUUCUAUUGCGUAUGCUGUUGCUGCUGAUGCUGUAGGAAUAAAUCAGAGUAGCAAAGGUGUAAUCCUUUCAACCUUUUAUUAUGGUUAUGCCUGUUCACAAGUAGCUGGUGGCUGGGUUGCUCAAAAGAUAGGGGGACGCCGUGUCCUUCUCCUUUCAUUUGUUUUGUGGUCGCUAACUUGCGCUUUUGUACCCCUUGACCCAAGCAAACCGAUGAUCCUAGUAAUAGCCCGCUUGCUUGUUGGGGUGGCUCAAGGUUUCAUUUUUCCAUCUAUUCACAGUGUCCUUGCACAGUGGGUACCACCACAUGAAAGAUCACGAUCUGUUUCUUUUACAACCUCUGGAAUGUACUUAGGUGCAGCUAUGGGUAUGCUUACGCUUCCUAGCCUGGUGAAAUUUAGGGGUCCUCAAUCUGUAUUUCUAGCUGAAGCAUUUUUAGGUGCAAUGUGGUCACUAGUCUGGUUCAGUUAUGCUACUGAUCCACCUCGUUCUGACCAUCGAAAAGCAACUGCUGCUGGCUUUGGGGAAUCAUUACUUCCCAUCAAAGGGAGUUCAAAGAUGAAGGCAGAUAAUGCCAGUAAAAUCCCUUGGAAGCGCAUCCUUGUUAGCUUACUGGUUUGGGCCAGUGUUGUGAACAACUUCACUUUUCAUUAUGCUCUUUAUGUACUUAUGAACUGGCUUCCAACAUACUUUGAAUUGGGUCUCCAGCUCAGCCUUCAAGAAAUGGGUUCAUCCAAAAUGCUGCCCUACUUCAACAUGUUUAUAUUUUCAAAUAUCGGUGGGGUGAUUGCGGAUCACCUUGUCACCAAGAGAAUUCUGUCUAUUACUAAAACCAGGAAAGUUUUAAACACAGUGGGUUUCAUGGUUGCAUCUAUUGCAUUGAUGGCUCUUCCUUUGUUCAGAACAUCUGGUGGCGCUUUAUUUUGUUCCUCUGUGGCUCUUGGUUUCUCGGCAUUAGGAAGAGCUGGGUUUGCAGUUAACCACAUGGACAUCGCUCCAAGAUAUGCAGGAAUUGUUAUGGGAGUUUCAAAUACAGCUGGUACAUUAGCUGGAAUAGUUGGGGUUGACCUAACUGGUCGACUACUAGAAGCUGCUAAAGCCACUGAGUUAGAUCUUUCCAGUCCAGGUAGCUGGAAACCCGUGUUUCUCAUCCCAGGGGUGCUUUGCAUUUUUAGUUCUUUUGUUUUCAUACUAUUGUCCACUGGGGAGAGAAUUUUUGACUAAAGUGUUUGUGCAUAUACAGCAGUUAAUCUGUAUCUAUAUUUUGGAGAAGCAGAAUAUAGCAUAGUUUAGGCUCUACAGUUCAAAUUGGAUAGUUCUUGGAAAUAGCUACUGGUAGUUGCGACCAUUCAUACAGUCUUCAAUAGCCUUCUUAUUACUGAAGAGAGAUAUUUAUACAAUGUUCAAAAGCUUCUACGACUUCAUUGACAGAUUCCUCUGGACUGAGAGAUAUUGCUUCUUGCUCCAGCUGUUGCUGCUAAAUAUACUGGUUGAUUUAUGGAGCUUUAACAAGCUGAAGUUUUAGAAAUCUGUACUGCACAAAUGUCAACGGAGGUGUUCCAUGGUGGUAGCAGACGUUUUCUCAGAAAUAGGUGUUUAAUCUGAACAGAAGCAUAUAGGAAAUAAGUGGUAGAAAAUACUUUUUGUAUCAUGAUUCCAAAAAUCUGAUAGUCAACUAUGAAUCUUUUUUGGUUAACUCUAUUAUCUUAGUCAUGUAUCAGUAGUUGAUGAGCUGAACUUCUUCUGAUACCAAAAGCUCGGGUUGUUUUACUCACUAUAACUGAAGUUUUGUUUCUCGGAAUAUAGUUUCUUUCGUUGAAAUAUGAAAGAAUUAUUUGCAGAAA